CCUUUUCACGGGUUGGACUCAAGCAGGACAAGCUAGGUUGAGUAUAUCAACUAAAAACAGUAGCACCCGUCUGGAAAAGAGGGACAUUGGUAGUGAAUGAAAUAAUAAGGUACCCCGUUGCGGAAGACUGAAAACAGCCUGACAGCAAGCUACCUGACAAAAUGUGGUGGAGCGGGGGAUCGUGUCCCCAGUGCAUAUUGCUGGUGAGUUUGUUCGUAUGGACGGACGCAGUGCCUAUCAGUGUCGACAAGACGAAAGUCACCAUUCCUGAGGAGAAGGUCCAAGAAACUCCCCAGAGCGUGGACACCGGGCUGCACUAUGACCGCUACCUCAGGGAAGUCAUCGAUUUUCUGGAAAAAGACGAGCAUUUCAGAGAAAAGCUCCGCAACACAGACAUGGAAGACAUAAAGCAAGGGAAACUGGCCAAAGAGCUGGACUUUGUCAGCCAUCACGUGAGAACCAAACUGGACGAGCUGAAGAGGCAGGAGGUGAGCAGGCUGAGGACGCUCAUCAAAGCCAAGCAGGACCUGGAAGGAGGGAAUGGUGCAGGCAUGGCAAUGGACCACCAGGCCCUCCUCAAGCAGUUUGAGUACCUCAAUCACAUGAACCCUCACACCUUCGAGGUGGAGGACCUGGACAAACUCAUUAAAUCGGCGACCAGCGACCUGGAGAACUACGACAAGGAGCGGCACGAGGAGUUCAAGCGCUACGAGAUGAUGAAGGAGCACGAGAGGCGGGAGCACCUGAAGACUCACAAGGGACAUAAGAAGAAAGACCACACAGGACUAAGUAAGAAGCACCCAACGCACGCCAAAAUCAACCACCCGGGCAGUCAGGACCAGCUGAAGGAGGUGUGGGAGGAGGCCGACGGCAUGGACCCCGAAGACUUCGACCCGAAGACCUUCUUCAACCUGCACGACACUAACGGUGACGGCUUCUUCGACGAGCAGGAGCUGGAGGCGCUGUUCACCAAGGAGCUGGAGAAGAUCUACGACCCCACCAAAGAGGAAGACGACAUGGUGGAGAUGGAGGAGGAGAGACUGCGGAUGCGGGAGCACGUCAUGAACGAGGUGGACACCAACAAGGACAGGCUGGUCUCCAUGGAUGAGUUCCUCGUGGCCACAAAGAAGAAAGAAUUUCUGGAGCCAGAGAGCUGGGAGACGCUGGAGCAGAACCAGGCCUACACGGAGGAGGAGAUGAGGGAGUUCGAGGAGCACCUCGCCCGGGAGGAGCAGGACCUGCAGCACAAGUCGGAGGAGCUGCGGAAGCAGAAGGAGGAGCUGGAGAGACAGCAGGAGCAGCUCAACGCACAGAAGCAGGAGCUCCAGCAGGCUGUGGAGCACAUGGAGAAAUUAAAAACCCAGAGAGUAGAACCUCCUCCAGAGAUCAAAGUUCUGGACUCGGACGGAGGAAACGCGAUCCCACCGGUCCCCGAGAACAGCCACCCCCUGCCGCCCGGCCACCUGCAGGACACGCCUCACUCGUAGCCAACGAGAGUGCGCGUGCCCGCAGAACCACACCCCCUUGAAAACAACCAGCAAACCAAUCAGAAGAGCGAAUUUAAUUGUGCCCCGCCUCCAGUCACAGCCUGUCGAUUUCAUGCUCGUCAGUGGAAAAGUUCGGAGACACCAGCUGAUCACUGGGAACAGAGAGGUGCACUGAACCAGUGGGUUUUUAUCUCCUGUUUGCACUGGUUUAUUUUAGAAAAAUAAAAAAAACCCUCAGUAUUCGCAGCACAUCACUGUCAGAUGCUGGACUCCUGAUUUAUUUAGUUUAAAAAAAAAUAAUUUUGUUGUUUUAAUGUGAGGAUGACAGCAGUUAUUCUCCCAGCUACGGUCACACAGUGACUGUACUGAAGGUAAAUAUGGUUUGGAUCAGUUCAGUGUAAUGAUGCGUUUCGUAAGCACUGUCAGCAGGAUGAAAUAUACUGUAUUAUGAAAUGGGUGAGUAAGGCUGCCCUUGUGUACUGCUGUAAAUUACAGCACGACAAUGCUUCACGGUUUUCUGUCCAUAAUUUGAGUUGAUGACAGAUGUUUUUUUUUUUUUUGGGGGGGGGGGGGGGGGGGGAGGAGAGGAUGUUUCCUUUUAGAAAAAGGUUUUUUUUUAAAUACAAAAUCAUGUGACCACUUUUUUUUUUUUUUUUUGGUUAAGCAAGAACAUGUUGACAAAGCUGGCUGUGUUGAGUGUGACUUUAAUUUAAGCACCUUUUCUUUAUGUCCAUGUUUUGUACAUAAUUAUCAUAAUUAUUUUAAUCUUGGUUUCAUUUUGAGUUCUGUUGUGUAUAAAUGGACACACACAAUACUUUGUCAGACUUGGUCUACUUCAUCCAGUCUAAUUUAUAUUCUGUGCGCAUUUUGAGUUCAGGGGAGAGGGAGUUAAUAAAAUAAAGGGGUUUUAAGAGCA